CAGGCUGCCAGGAGCCCAGCCGUGCCCCAGCCCAGUGGCAUUGGCCGGGAGGAGAGCCUGCCCUUCAUGCUGGACCUGCAGAGCUUGCCGGGGCUGGCCAAUGUAGACCUGAGUGCCCAGAACCCCAACAUCCAGGUGACCAUCGAAGUGGUGGAUGAUCCUCAGGCCGAGAUGGAGAUGGACUUGUUGAAGGACACAAGCAAUGACUGGUCCCUGACAUCCUCUGAGUGGCUGUCCCACAAGGACCUCUUCUGGCCCCUCUUCUGGGAAUACACAGACCCCGCUGAGGAAGAGGAGGAGGAGGAGGGAGAGGAAGAGGAUGACAACCUGGAUGUAGGGGACAGGGAGGAGGAAGAGGAGGAGGAGGAGGAGGAGGAGGAAGAUUACACAGCAGAGUAUGAGGAGGAGGAGUCCAUGCUCAGUGGAGUAGGAGGUGACUGGGACCAGCGGUGGCCGGGGCAGAAGAACUGGAUCUUUAAGGAAAAAUAUAAUUACGACUAUGAAGAUGAGGAGGAGUGGAGCCCAUGGUCCCCUUGCAGCAUCACAUGUGGCAGUGGCAACCAGAAGAGGACCCGGUCCUGUGGCUACGCCUGCACAGCAACAGAGUCGAGGACCUGCGACCUGCCACGCUGCCCUGGAGCAGAGGGGGAAAUGGUGUUCCCCACAGAGGAGAUGCCUUUCAAAAGCGACAACACCACAGAGCUGUUCAACUCAGGCUCCUACCCGCUGGAGGCUGUCUACAGUGCCGUCAACCUGCAGGACGAGCGGCAGGGCAAGAGCUUCCGAUGGCGGGAUGCCAGCGGCCCCAAGGAGCGCCUGGACAUCUACAAGCCGACGGCACGCUUCUGCCUGCGCUCCAUGCUCUCCCUCGACAGCACCACCCUGGCUGCCCAGCACUGCUGCUAUGACGAGCACACACGCCUCAUCACCCGCGGCAAGGGGGCCGGCGUCCCCAACCUCAUCAGCACCGAGUUCUCCCCAGAGCUGCACUACAAGGUGGACAUGCUGCCCUGGAUCCUCUGCAAGGGCGACUGGAGCCGCUACCAUGCCGUCCGGCCCCCCAACACCGGGCGGCGGGGGGCUGACAACCCCCCCGAGGGGGAG